ACAGGUCUUUUCAUUCGACCGUUUUAUCUUCUUAGCCAUAACGAUUCGUUGUAGUAAAACAUGGCUGCUUCUUCUAAAAUAGUUUUUGCUUUGCUGGCUAUACUAUUAUUAUGCAAAUACGUGGUGAGCGAAAAAGAUUUUGAAAACUUUUUUCGAAGGAGGCACAUUCAAGUGCAUCACAGAGAACGAAGAGCGGUCACAGCAGCACAAAAUGCAAAAGAUAAAGAGACCAACAAGCUAGUUUUCACUGCGCUUUAUGGAGGACUAGGUCAGGGAAUACAAUCAUCCACAAAUUUCGACUACGCGAACGGCCUGGAUCCGAAGAUACAAAGUGCCGGUGGGUAUGGAUUACCUCCGGGGAUUUACUCCUACGCUUUUGACCCAAAGACAGGAAUGCCCUUCAUGUGUGAUCCGACGAAAACGCCUCCUGGGGGUGGUAAGAGUCAAGCUGCUGGAGUGGCCGCCAUCAAUCCACCCACAGCCAGGAAGCCUACGGGAGAUGAACCAGUGGCAAAUGCACCCGCGGGGAACGAAUUCUCGGCAAGUGCACCCUCUCCGGACAUCCAUCCUUCUGCAAAUACGAAUACAAAUAAGGUUAUAGCCGUAAAUCCUCCUACGAGUACCACGGAGGGUAAUAAUGCAGUACCGGAACAUAGACUCUCGCCGAUAGAAAAUACGAAACCCUCUCGUACGGUUCAAAACUAUAACGCCAUCGCAUCGGCCACAAAACCGACUCAAAUUCACGUGAACAAAAAAACAAAUCCGACCUUGGGGGAUGAUAUAAUGGCGCCGACCAAGAAGCGAAAUAAUUACCUGGUUGCAACGCCUGUCAAAGACAGAUUUAGGCCAGCGGCGUCCUCCAAAGACAUUCAUGUUAAGUUGGGCUCCCCUCUUCUAAUCCCCGCACCAAAGACAAACGCACAGUCCAGUAAACAAAGCAAGGUGAACAAUCAGAGGAUCACGCCUUUGAUCGACAACUACAAUCGAAAAAUGCAGCACGUUGUAAGAGUAUUGAAGGCAAAACGGUCAAAUCUUCUGAAGAAAUACAUUCAAAGAAAAGACGCAGUAAAAAAGAAUGAAAUAAAAAUCAAGUUGCCGGAGAUACCUCCAUGUCCUGAUAUGAAAAACUACCAUUGGCCUUGGAAUUGCUUAGAAAAAGGCAACACCGUAAGAAAGGAUUGUAUUCAGGGUUAUGGAGGAACAUUCUCAUUCGAAGGAGCAACAUACCCGUACGAGGAUUAUGCACACAUGUACGAUUACAAUACGGAUGAUAACGGGAAUUAUCCAGUAGAGUAAUACAGAAUGAAAUGACUUUGAUAUAGACCUAUACAUCCCUCAUAGAAAGGCCUUCACACGUACUUGAGAUAGUACGUGUUUAGUACAUGGCAAUAUGAAAAGCUUUGUUUCAUAUAAACAAGAAUAGAAGUGAUAUAUAGAAGGCGUACCCAUAUACCUAAAAAAACAACCCAACAAGCUAUGACUCAUAUUAAUCGAAAAUAUAUAUAUUUGAAUUGUAAUAUAUUCGUAAUAUAGUCUAGAAGAUAGCUUCUCUUCGGUAUGUUAAGAGGAAAUAAUUUGCUACGCCAUCUUUUCACAAGAAAAUCUAAUUUUCUACGUAAAAUCCCUUUAAAAUACAUCAUCAUUUUUAAA